GAAUAAAGAAGAAAAGAAACACAACUCGCAAGCAGAAUCGGUCGCCGAAAAGAAAAGAAAAUUUCAGAGACUGGAACGCCAUUGAAAGAGAGAGGCAGAGAGUGGCCGCGUCAAAGCACACAAGGAGAAUAAGAUGAGAUCUCUGUCGGCCAAGACGGUUUUAUGAGCUCUGCAACGGUUGAAGUAAAAGACUCGGUUGAGAAUAUACAAACAUAGAAAUAGGAAUGGCUGAUGGAAGAUCAAGCUUCUGGGGUCCUGUCACAUCAACAAUUGAGUGUUGUGAGAAGAAUUAUGCCUACUCUUCUUAUAUUGCGGAAUUUUACAACACUAUAUCAAACAUUCCAUGCAUUCUGUUGGCGCUCAUUGGCCUUAUAAAUGCCUUGAGACAGCGGUUCGAGAAGAGAUUUGGCAUUCUACACAUAUCUAAUAUGAUUCUUGCCAUCGGAAGCAUGUUAUACCAUGCCACAUUGCAACAUGUGCAACAACAGAGCGAUGAGACUCCUAUGGUUUGGGAGAUGCUCCUUUACAUGUAUAUCCUCUACUCCCCAGAUUGGCAUUAUCGCAGUACAAUGCCCACCUUCCUCUUCCUCUAUGGUGCUCUUUUCGCUGGUGUUCAUUCUGUGGUUCGUUUUGAGAUUGGCUUCAAGGUGCACUAUGUGAUCUUGUGUCUUCUCUGUGUACCUCGAAUGUAUAAGUACUACAUAUAUACGCAAGACGUGUGCGCUAAGCGGAUUGCAAAGCUGUAUGUGGCCACCCUUGUUAUUGGCAGUUUGUGUUGGCUCUGUGAUAACAUCUUCUGCGAAGAGAUAUCCAGUUGGAUGAUUAACCCACAGGGUCAUGCCUUGUGGCAUUUGUUCAUGGGUUUCAAUUCCUACUUUGCGAACACUUUCUUGAUGUUUUGCCGGGCUCAGCAACGAGGAUGGUCCCCCAGGAUUGUUCGUUUUAUGGGGUUUUUGCCGUAUGUGAAGAUUGAAAAACCAAAAACCCAAUGAGAGGUUGAAAGCAAAAGGCAGGAGUAUAGUUUCAGUAAGAUUUCUCCGCAGGUGUGGAACGCAACCGGACAGCCGGACAAUCAUUUUCUUUCACUCUCUAGAUUGGACCGAGAAGAAGGUUGGUUUUUGUUGUUUUAGAUUGGAUCUUGUCUUGAUUUUCGUUGUAAAAGUAGGACGUGUAACAUAUCUAUAAGCUCUUUUCUGUUGCGUUGGUCGAUGUGACUUAAUUUUGUUUUCGUUUUUCAUUUCUGGAAGUGCAACUCUGGUUCUAUCAAUUGUUUGUCACCAAAUUUUGAAAAAAUUGUGAGAUUUCAUGGCA